UCUGUUAUAAGAGCCUUACACAAGUUCGGCAAGCUUAUUAUUUUCUUCAGAAAUUCAAUCAACCUAUUGUCUUACAAACUCCAUUAAAAUCCAUGGCCGAUGAUUCCAAGCUCCACAUCGCACUUUUUCCAUGGCUAGCUUUCGGUCACAUGAUUCCAUAUCUAGAGUUAGCCAAACUUUUAGCUCAAAAAAAUCACAAAAUCUCCUUCAUUUCAACUCCUCGAAACAUCGAUCGUCUUCCUAAACUUCCUCCGAAUCUAUCCAAUCUCAUAACAUUCGUCAAGGUUCCGUUGCCACGUAUUGAUCAUCUUCCUGAAGAAGCUCAGGCUACGACUGAUCUUCCAUUCGACAAAGUCCAGUACCUUAAAAAAGCAUAUGAUUGUCUUAAACAGCCAUUGAAAACAUUUCUUGAAAAUUCUGAUGUUGAUUGGUUGUUCUAUGAUUUUUCAGCUUUUUGGCUGCCUGAAAUCGCCAAAAGUGUCGGGAUUUCACAUGGGUUUUUUAGUAUAUUCUUGGGUGCUACGUUGGGUAUAGUUACUAAACCAGCGUCAUUUGACGAUGAUCGGAAUAAACCUGAACAAUUUACAGUCCCGCCAAAAUGGGUUAAUUUUCCGACAAAGGUUGCUUAUAAGUUGUUUGAAGUCAUAAGGAUUUUUGAAUCUGUUACUGGUGAUGCGUCUGAUGUUUCUGAUAUUUUCCGUUUCGCUGAGGUAGUUAAAGGUUGUGAUCUGAUUGCUGUAAGAAGCUGCAUGGAUUUUGAACCAGAAUGGUUAAAUCUACUUCAGGAGAUUCAUGGAAAACCAUGUAUAGCUACUGGUAUGCUUCCGACUACAGAAUAUGACACCGGAGAACAAACGGAGGAGUGGAUUCCGAUCAAAGAGUGGCUAGAUAAGCAAGAGAAAGCUUCUGUAGUGUAUGUAGCAUUUGGCAGCGAAGCGAAACCGAGUCAAGACGAGUUAAAUGAGAUCGCUCUGGGGCUCGAGUUAUCGGGGCUCCCAUUCUUUUGGGUGCUGAGAAAUCGUAGAGGGUUAUCUGAUACGGAAGUAAUCGAACUGCCCGAUGCGUUCGAGGAGCGAACCAAAGAGCGUGGUGUGGUCUGCACCAGUUGGGUUCCUCAGCUCAAGAUUUUAGCUCAUGACUCGGUGGGUGGGUUCUUGACUCACUCAGGAUGGAGUUCAGUUGUGGAAGCGAGUCAAUAUGCGAGACCUCUUAUAUUAAUGGCAUUCUUAGCCGAUCAGGGAAUAAAUGCAAGAAUUCUGGAGGAGAAAAAAAUGGGAUAUCCAAUACCAAGAAACGAGUUUGAUGGAUCGUUUACGGGUGAGUUUACCGGCGAGUCAGUAGCUGAGUCGUUGAAAUUGGUGAUAGUGAAAGAAGAAGGUAAAAUAUACAGAGACAAAGCUGAGGAGAUGAGAAUACUUUUUGGAGAUAAGCAGAGACAAGAGAUGUACAUUAACAAUUUUCUUGAUUAUCUUACGACAAACAAGCAAGCAAAAGCUGUGGUUAAUUAGCAUGUAAUAACUAAUUAAUAAAAACAAUGAAAUAGCCAUCAGAUUGGCGACUUGUCUUUU